AUGGCAUCGUGUAGUAGAGUGGUUCAUGAAAAGGGAUGCGGGAAUGGUGAUGAUUCGGAUCCGGAUGGUGAAAUGGCUACAAGGGCGGGCGAUGACGAGGAAAAAAUGCUUGACAUAGGAGUGGAAGAGGAUAAGUGUGAGGGUUUAAUUUAUAAGCAGAGUGAAGGCACUACCAACACGAUAUCUAAUGCAGGAGGGGUUACUGCGGCAGAUGUACUUAAGAUGGAGUUCAAUAGUCCAGCGGAAGCAACUAUUUUCUAUGAAGAGUAUAGUAGGGCAAAGGGAUUUGCGAUGCGACAAGGGAAGAAGUUGAAAAAUAAGAAUGGUGAUUUUGUUCGUUACACGUAUCUGUGUAAUAGACAAGGGUUCAGAGACAAGAAGUGGCUAGAGAAGGUGGAUCGGAAGAGGGAGCACAAGGUAGUGACUCGUUGCGGGUGUCCUGUGGAGAUGCGUAUUAAGCCUAAAGGGGAUAGUGGGAGAUGGAUUGUGUCUCUUUUUGUGGAGGAACAUAACCAUGAGCUGCUGCCUAUGAAGUAUGUGGACUAUCUACCUGCACACCGUAAGAUAUCCGAUGUUGAUAUUGCACACAUGGAGAGCAUGAGGCAAGUUGGGAUAUCAAUUCCAAAGAUCUAUGAGUCCAUUGCUGCACAGGCGGGAGGUUUUAAUUUGGUUCCGUUUACAAAGCGAGAUAUGUACAAUGAGAUUAGGCGACAAAGGGCGAUGCAGAAUGGUGACGUGAAUGCUGCGUUGAGGGUUUUGGAGGGUGCGGCCCGGACGGACGAGAAAUUGUAUUGGAGGUACGAGGUUGGUGAGGGGCAGCACAUGUGCGAUCUAUUUUGGAGUGAUGGGCGAAGCCAGGAUGAUUAUAAAGUAUUUGGAGAUGUACUAGCAUUCGAUGCAACAUACGGGCGGAACAAGUACAAUCUGCCAGUAAUUGUUUUUUCUGGGGUUAAUCAUCACAACCAGACCUGCGUGUUUGCAACUGCGAUGGUUUCAUGCGAAUCAAUUGCAUCAUAUGUAUGGGUUUUAAGAAAUUUACUGGAAUGCAUGGGGGGUAAAGCACCAACAGCGGUGAUAACUGAUGGCGAUCGAUCAAUGCGCGUAGCUAUUCAGGAAGUGUUUCCAAAUGCUCACCAUCGCUUAUGCGCUUGGCACCUUUUGAAGAAUGCAACGGUUAACGUGUGUAAACCCCGAUUCACAUCAUUGUUUAGACAUUGCAUGCUUGCUGAUGUUGAGGUUGCGGAGUUUGAGAUGCUUUGGGAUGCCAUGGUAGAGGAGUGUGGGGUUAGGGAGUUAGAGUGGGUCAAUGACGUAUACGAGAAGAAGUCUUCAUGGGCAACUGCUUACAUACGGGGCAGGUUUUAUGCUGGGCUGCGCACAACAUCUCGGUGCGAGUCGUUGCACGCCAAGUUAGGGAGAUUUGUGGAAAGCCGAUAUGGCAUACUUGAGUUUGUAACCAAUUUUCAACGAUGUGUGGACUUCCUGAGGGACAAUGAGGAAGAGCUUGACUUCCGAUCAUCGUACGGGACACCGGUCCUUCAAACGCAGUUCCCGGAGUUAGAAAAGUCAGGGGCAAUAAACUUCACACGGGAAAUAUUCUCAAGAUAUCGUGAGUCACUUAAAAGGUGUGUUCGGGUGACCAUAUUGGAGUGCAUCGAACGUGAGGAUAGGUGUGUGUAUGUAACACAGAAGUAUAGAAGACCGAAUUCACGGUGGGAUGUGGUUCAUAUGAAAAGGAAAGAGGAGUUUCUUUGCAGUUGCCUGAGGAUGGAGUCAUUUGGUUUGCCAUGUGUUCACAUUCUGGCAGUUUUGGUUAGGUUAGAUAUUGAUUCCCUUCCUAAGAGUCUUGUGUUGGCGCGGUGGUCCAAAGCAGCGAAGGAAGAUCUUUGCUACGAACCGUUAAGCAGCCGAUAUAGUGAUGCGGGAGGUGCAGUUGCUGGGAAUGGAGCUGGCAACAGUGGGGGAGGGGUUAGGGAUCCUAUUAGUGUCAGGACGAAAGGCACAGGACGUGGUAAUGAACCUCUUGGGUCUAGGGGUAUCAAGCGGCGUAAGUGCAGCACAUGCGGUUGUGUUGGUCAUCGAAGGACCCGCUGUCCCAAUGCUCCACCGACAUCAGCACCCUCAACCCAGGGCGAGGGUGCAAACAUGUUAUCACAAACUGUUAACGUGCAUGGGUUGCUAAUGGUGCAAGUAUGUGUUAUUGGUCAUGCUGAUGUGUUGGGAUGCAUAUCAAAUGUGCUAGACAUUUUGGAGUCAUCUUUUAAGGGUACUGUUUCAGCACAAGUUCAUGAUUUGCAUAAUCUCCAAGAGAGCGUGUUAAAGAGAAAGCAGGAAGCUUGUAGCGUUCUUCCUGAAAUUUCUGGUGCAGCAUCACACCCUAAAAUUACUGAAGUACUGUUAGAGAGGAAUAGCACUGAUACAGCUCUGAUGAUUUUAAGGUGGGCUGGUGGUGUUGGUGUGCCUCAUAAUAUUUCACUUAGAGAUGCUGUGACUGCAGUGCGGGCAAGGAUCGAGUGUGGACUUCUGACUGAAGCAUUUAUGCAUCACAGGAAUCUCUGCACAAGAGUGAAAGAAAAGAGCUUCAAUAAAGGAUCACCUCUACAGACUGCUGAUGUACCAAAAGGGCAACUUAGUUAUUGGGUGGAGGUCUUGGUAACCGAGAUUUGUUGCUUGUGUAUAAGGAGGAACUUAGCGAAUGGAAUGCUAGAAUUGCCAUAG